AUGGGGGAAAUAUUUCCAGAAUCAGGACAAGUCUCGGCUCCCCUUUCCAACUUGUUUGAUGAGUACAUAAGACUAUUUGAUGAACCAGAAAAGGCUAUACACUCGGAGGAGAAAGCAGCAGACAAUAAAAUCGACAAUCUGAAAACGAUCAUUGUUGAAGCUACAAAAGAAAUGGAAAAUGAUCGUUUUAAACCAACUGAUGGUCAACCCUCAACUGAACCUCCAAAUAACAACUCAAUGUUCAAGGGGGAGGGUUCAUCUGUAUCCAACACAAUGAAAUUAUCAACCGAGGGGGAGUAUCCAACUCCAAUCGAGGGGGAGAAUUCUGAACCUGACAUGGGAUACGCUUCGACAUGUGAGGGGGAGAAUGAAAAUACAAAUGAUGAAGGCAAUCAAUCAGAAUAUGAAGAAGAAGUUCGGCACGAGGAUUUACCAAAAGGUUCUACAUCUCCUCGUUCUCCAACUCCCACUGAACAACUUAACGACAAGAUUCCUACUCCUCCACCAUCUCCACCGAAAACUACAGUUCAAGUUUCGGUUGCUCCACCAAUUCCUCCAACUCAACCUACUCAACCUACUACUACUGCACUACCACCACCAGUUAGCACAAAACCAAUCUCCACAACUAUAACUCCAUUACCACCUCCCAUUAUUUCACCAUCAAUCAUCACAACCAUGACCGAAUUACCAGCAAAAGUCAACGUAUCUAAUACGGGGGCUAAUAUUGAAACCGAAACCCCUGUUACUCCCAAACCUCUUUCACCAUCACCCUUAAAUGAUUCUGCUUCUACUCUUGGUGGUGACAAUUUUGAGUUUGACUCAACUUAUUACAGUCCUUAUAGACUUCCCACCGAUAAAGAUGAAGAGGCUCCAGUAACAAGACAAAAAGUGCAGGGUCUUGAUGAUAAGCUUGACCAAUUGCUCGCUUCUUCUUCAAAGUACAAUGAUGUUGUGAUGAAAGCUUUUUUGGACACUGCUUUUGAACAGUAUACAAAUGCAAUUGAUAAAUCAACAAAGGCGGUUGAAGCAUCCUCAUCCUCCUCUAAGGUGAAUGCAUUCGUUGAAUCUCUCUCAAAGUCUCUUCAAGGGGAGCAAGUCAAAUUCGAGACUGUUCGUUCUGAUAUUUUAGCCGAUAACAAGUCUCUUUUGUUGUUGGUUGAUUCUCGGAUUGAAAAUCUAUGUGCUAACUUAGCCAUGGAAAACCGGCUCAUGGAUGCUCUGGCUAAGAAGACCACCACUGUCAUCAUCAAAACCGAACCGAAGGUUAAUGUAGCUUCGGGUUCUAGUAGUCAAGAAAAGAGGAAAGAUGUUUCUGAUGCAAAUGAUGAAAGUGAUGAAGAUAGAGAGACCACUGCUGAUGUCUUGAAACGAAAGAAAAGAGAUCAAGAGUUAGAUAAAAAUCUUCAGGUUGCUAAAGAAGAAGUAGAGAGAGAACGAAAGAAGAAGGAAGAGCAUGAUGCUCUAAUUUGCAAAAAGGCUCUGUUUCCUCCUUGGACUGAGGAAGGACUUAUCAAAGAAGCAAUUGAGUUUCCUAGCACUUACUGGCUAGAACCUGUUGCUUCCUUUGAUUGUGAUAACUCAAGGGACUCACAGUUCGAUAUGCCUAUAACAAAAAAGGCAUUUUUUUCAUUGUUUUGA